AUGGAGCCCCAUCCGGCAGCGUCCACCGUGGAGACGAAGGACCCCCGUCCGAUGGCCACGAACUCCACUCCGAUGGUGCUCACGAACUCCGACCUAACGCUGAGCACGGGCUCGCCUCCGUCGUUGGCCACGAACGCCGCCGCAAUGCUGCCUAUGAUCCCAGGAACACACGGCCCCGAUGCAGUCCUGUCCAUCAUGGACGUCGAUGCUGGAGUUGUAGCCCACGUUGAGGAACCAAGCACACCACGGACUAUACCUUCUCCUAAUAUAGCAGAUAAGUGCAAAGCAAAUAAAAAGCCUGUGGUGGGAAUGACUUUUGAUACACUCAAGGCUGCGGAGAUUUUUUACAAAGACUAUGCACACGAUGCUGGUUUCUCGGUUCGUGUUGGUGCACAUAGGAAGGAGAAUGAGGUAAUAUUGUACCAGAGGUAUUUGUGCUCAAAUGAAGGAUAUAGGAAGAAGAGCGAAGAAGAAGUUAGUGAGCAGCCCGGGAAAAAAAAGAAGACAUCAAAUGUGAUGGACACCCGAUGUGGUUGUGAGGCUCAUAUUGUUGUCAAGCUUGACAAUGAGAAGAAGUAUCAAAUAUUGUCAUUUGUUGAGGAGCACAAUCAUGUUUUCGUGUCGCCAGAUAAGAGGCACCUGCUACGAUCCAACCGUCAAGUUAGUGAGAGGGCAAAGAGUACUUUGUUCAACUGUCAUAAAGCUAGCAUUGGCACGUCACAGGCAUUUCGACUUCUCCAAGUCACUGACGGUGGAUUUAAGCAUGUUGGUUGCACGCUGAGGGAUUUGAAGAACUACUACCGUGACCUGAGGACCAAAAUCAAAGAUGCUGAUGCACAUAUGUUUGUGCAUCAACUUGAGCGAAAGAAGGAAGCAAAUCCUGCCUUCUUUUAUGAGUUUAUGGUGGAUAAAGAAGGACGACUUGUGCGUGUCUUCUGGGCAGAUGCCACAUGUAGAAAAAAUUGCAGUGUUUUUGGUGAUGUGCUUUCGGUAGAUUCUACAUAUACUACCAACCAAUAUGAUAUGAAGUUUGUGCCAUUCACUGGGGUCAAUCAUCACUUGCAAAGUGUUUUCCUUGGCGCAGCGUUUCUGGCUGAUGAAAAGAUCGACUCAUAUGUAUGGUUGUUUCAGACCUUUCUUAAGGCUACUGGUGGAGUAGCACCUCAUCUAAUCAUAACAGAUGAAGAUGCGAGCAUGAAGGCUGCUAUUGCUCAGGUUCUACCAAAUACAACUCAUAGACUUUGCAUGUGGCAUAUCAUGGAUAAGGUUCCUGAGAAGGUUGGGCCAGACAUAAAAAAUGAUGAGGACUUCUGGAAAUUAUUAAACGAGUGUGUUUGGGGCUCCGAGAAUUCAGAUGAGUUUGAGUCUAAAUGGAAUUCUAUCAUGACAACGUAUGUGCUCACUGAAAAUGAGUGGUUUUCCACAAAGUUCGCCAGCCGAGAAUCAUGGAUCCCAGCAUACUUUAUGGACAUACCUCUAGCAGGACUUCUUAGGACUACAUCACGAUCGGAAAGUGCAAAUUCUUUCUUUAACCGUUUCAUUCAUCGAAAAUUAUCCUUUGUUGAGUUUUGGCUGAGGUUUUCAACAGCUUUGGAGUGCCAGCGCGAAGAGGAGUUGAUAGCCGACAAUAAAAGUCUUCACUCCAACCGUACAUUGAUGACACCUUGGGUCAUGGAGAAGCAGUGUAGUGUUGUAUAUACUCAUGAAAUUUUCAACAAGUUUCAGGAACAACUAAUGGUUGCAAGAGACCAUUGCAUUAUUCAAGGAAUUUCAGAGAAUGAUGAUAAAAAAAUUGUCACUAUUAGCAGCCAAUCUGGUAAAGAGCGAGUAGUUCAAAUGAACAAAUCAAACUUGUUUGGUAUGUGCUCUUGCAAAUUUUAUGAGUCCUAUGGCAUCCCAUGUCGUCAUAUCAUUCAAGUGCUUAGAGGCGAAAAACAAAAUGAGAUACCACCAAUUUAUUUUAUAAAAAGGUGGGAUAUGAGGUGUAAAAGAGAAGUGACAUUUGAUGAGGAAGGUAACCUACUGGAUGAAAAGGCUAAAGAUCCUGUGGAGGAAGCAAUGGCGAGAAAAAUUUCAGAUUCACGUAACAAGUUUGAAGAGCUAAUCCAGAUGGCCAAGAACUCUGAACAAGGAAUAGAAUUUUUAUAUUCUAGCUUAUCAAACCUUGUACAACCUCUUCAAAAUAUCGUUCCUGCUGCUACAGCCAGUAAACAAGAUGAGUUCGAAUCGUUCCUUGGUGGAAAAAUUCCACAAGAAGUUGAGAUACAUCCACCAAAUGAUAUCAACUCCAGAGGGCGAAGCAAAAGAAUCAAGAAGGGCAAGGAGCAGAAGGCGCCCAGAAAACGGAUGUGUGGAAAAUGCAAGCAAUUAGUGGCUCAUGACGCACGUAAUUGCCCGCUCAAUGGUGUGGAAAAUGCAAGCAAUUAG